AUGUCUGGCCAGUAUCGCCGUCGUAGCGCUGUCACUCUUCAUUGUCUUUUCAAUCUGAUCUUCUAUUGGCCGGCAUUUCUAUUCACCAGCGUUGUCACUUCAGCAGAACCGAUCAACUGGGAAUUCGCCCCAUGGCAAUACUUCAUCGGAGUGGGCGUCUCUUUGUUAGUUCUCAUUGUUUCCAUGGAUUUGAGCAAUCGAAAAGUAAGCCGCGCGAUACGAACAUUGGAGCCGUUAUUUGCUCCCGCAUUGUGCAUAUUCUUCCAAAUGGUUUGGCUUAAUCGCGACUUAUAUUUCACAAACGUCCGUAUCGCCAGUCUGUUUAUGAUUGCCAUGGCCUGUCUAUUGAACGCAAUCCCAAACCGAUGGCUAAAAGCCACAGCAAAAGCUAUUCGUCGAAACCGAUCGCCGAAAGCACAAAUCGCAACUUCCAAACGCACUCUAACUGGUAAAUCCAACAGAGGUUCUAAACAAACAACCGGAUCUGGAUUAGCUCAACGUGUGUCUAUUGCUUCACCUCACGGUUCGCUUGUCACUGGAUCUUUGGGUUUGGGGCAGACAGCAACCAACCAGACCCCAUCAGCCACGGGGACAACGACUAAUNAAUCCACAACCAUGCUACCCACUAGCGUAACGACCAUUGAGCCCUCUGGGGUUAAUAAGGCUCGAAGUAGAUUGAGUUCUGUACUUUUACGUGCUGCCACAAUGCAACAAACGAAUGUUGAGUGA